AUGACUACCCCAGACCCCGACCUCAGCCAACCCCCCUUCAACCGCUUCCCCACCUGGACGCUCUCGAAACUGCGCCCCUCGGCCAUAAAGACCAUCCAGCACGUCCACGAAUUCAUCGAGACAAAAUGCAUCCCCGCGCAAUCCAUCAUGAAAUCCCAACUCGCCCAGAACCGCUGGCGCACACCGCCACUCAUGCGCCACCUCCGCACCGAAGCCCAAGCCGCCGGCCUCUGGAACCUUUUCCUCCCCCCCGAAUUCCCCUCAUCCCCGGGCCUCACGAACCUCGAGUACGCGUGCUGCGCGGAGCUCAUGGGCCGCGUAUACUGGGCGGCACAGACGAUGAACUGUCACGCGCCGGAGACGGGGAAUAUCGAGCUCCUCGCGAAAUACUGCAACGACGCGCAGAAGGAAAAGUGGCUUGCCCCUCUGCUACGCGGGGAAUUCAGCUCCGCGUACUCGAUGACAGAGCCCGACGUUGCGUCGUCGGAUGCGACGAACAUCGGAAUUGAGAUCCGGCGCGAGGGAGACGAGUAUGUGAUUAAUGGACGCAAACUCUUUGGCAACGCCAAGUGGAAUCCAGACGUUAGGCUGUAUAUCCUCAUGGGCUGCACGGAUCCCACCAACGCCGACAUCCGUCGGCGACAUUCGAUGCUCCUGGUCCCCGCCGACACGCCGGGCCUCGCCAUGCGCCAGAACCUCUCGAUUAUGGGCUACGAUUGUGCGCCCGAAGGACACGGCGAGUACAUCUACACCAACGUGCGCGUGCCCGUCUCGAACGUGAUCCUCGGCGAGGGAAGGGCAUUCGAGAUCGCGCAGGGACGACUCGGACCAGGCCGGAUCCAUCACUGUAUGCGGCUGCUCGGCCAGGGUGAGCUGGCGUAUGAGCUUGCGCUUGUGCGCGCGACAGACGAGCGGAAGAAGCCUAGGGGGAAACUCAUUGGGGAGUUUGAUAGUAAUAUUGAGCGCAUUGCUCAGAUGCGGCUUGAGCUUGAUGCGAUGAGGCUUGUUGUAUUUAGUGCGGCGGAUACGCUCGACUCGAAAGGCAAGGAUGGCCACGGCAGCAAGAAAGACCGCUAUGUCAUCGCGCAAAGCAAGAUCCUCGUCCCUGCUGCUGUGGCACGCAUCAUCGACGAGUGCAUGCAGUUGUACGGCGGGCAGGGGCUGACGCAGUACACGCCGCUGCCGGAGAUGUGGACGUAUGCGCGGUUUGUGAGGCUGGCGGAUGGGCCGGAUGCGGCGCAUCGGCAUCAGGUUGGACGGGAUCAGUUGAAGGGGGCGAAGGAGGUGCUGGCGCGGCAUGUGAAAUAUUAUGAGAUUGCGCUCGAGUUGAAGAAGCAAUUUGGGUUGGAGGACGAACUGAAGGAUGAUUGCUCGUGGGAGUAUAUCAAUCUGGCGGGGGCGAAGGCGAAGCUGUAA